AUGGACGCUCUUCUCGCUCAAAGCCAACUGAUGGCAGCGAGACGGACUAGUCAACAAAACACGUACUUCAUGGGCAGGGGUGUGUAUAAGAAGACUUGGCCGCGGUGCAUCCUGGGUGCGAGUGACAGUCGGAAUAUUGAUAGAGUUGGAGUGCCUGUCACCCGUCACUAUAGAGCUCGCCACUGCUCGCGGAGGUCGACCACCCCGACCUAUGCAGCGAGCGGAAGCCGUCGGCCCCGUCGAAGGUCACAGUCGAAGAACAGGGACAGGGACAGGGACAGGGACAGGGACAGGGACAGGGACAGGGACAGGGACAGGGACAGGGACAGGGACAGGGACAGGGACAGGGACAGGGACAGGGACAGGGACAGGGACAGGGACAGGGACAGGGACAGGGACAGGGACAGGGACAGGGACAGGGACAGGGACAGGGACAGUUGGUAUGACACCAACCGGCCAAUUUGGUUGGGCGAACCCUUAGCUGACGUUAUCAUCAAACUUUCCUGGUUCGUAAGCCAAGCCGAAGUUGAUUGUGUAAGAAGCUACUCAUCAAUGAUGUAUCAGUUGCUAAAAGCCAGGCAGACUGAUGUAGCAGUGGACGUAAACUCCAUCAUAGAGUUUGCUGAUCUGCUGUAUGUGGAUGACGAGGGAGGGCAACUAUUCGAUGCCAUAGUGGAAUAUGAGCAAUAUCCAAAUGCAUGUACAAACACACUACAACAGCAACCAAAGAAUUCAAGCAGAAAUGUUAAUUUGGCUUUAGAAGCUGUUUUAGAGUUUGAUAACAAGGACCCAGGUGACAUACCACUUUUAGACAACAUUAAAAAGUUAAUCGAUAAUCUUAAAGAUGCAAUGCGUGAUAAUAAACGGAGGAAUUCUAGAAGAUCUUUAAGAGAAAACACGGAUAUUCUAGGAACAUUAAAUGACAAAAUUAAAAGACUAAAUUAUUUAGAGAAAGAGUUACAUGAAUUGAAGCAAGCCAACUCUCUGAAGGGUUGUCCAACGAACAACAAAAACCAAACUGUACAAUGCUUAACAAGAGGUAGUAAUGGAAGAGAUGAAAAACCUGAUGAAGCAAGAAAAAGAAGUUUGAUGAAAGGAUUUAACAUUUCAGAUAACAUGAGCGAUCUUGUUGUAUCAUCAAGAAGGAGCACCAAAAGUAACGACAAUGAAAUAGUACUAGGAUUGAAACAGAAAAUUCUAUCCUUGGAACAGCAAUUAGAGGCUGCUCAAAAGGAAAUCACCGCUCUCACUGAACGCAUCUAUUUAAUAACUACUACACCAGUGUCGCCGCCGCCGGGAACUACACUGGUGACGCCGCCGCCGGGAAAUACACCGGUGACGCCGCCGCUGCGACUUCGGUCUCCGAAGCACAAAAUACACAUGAUAAGUAGCGAAAUCUCAAAUAGGUUAUAUAAUAUUAUUGAAAAGGCUCAUUUACAUAAUAGUGAAAUAUGUCACUACCGUAUGCCUAAAUGUGGUCUGAAGGUUUUACUGGACGGCCCGAGCGUACGGCGCGUAGCGUUCCGCGCGCGCCUCAAAGAGCCAUUCGACCACCACAGACGGGGCCCUAAAGGGCUGAUGUUCAGCCGGGGUUGCGGGUUAGUUUAUUCGGAUGAGCAGAAAGAGGAGAUUGUAAAACUCAUAGAAAAACAAGUCGAUAUACCCAUAGAAGACAUCACUGAUGAACAGCACGACAGCAAAAUGGUACACCAAGACACUUUGACCAAACAAUCAGAUUCCAAAGAUGUUAAAAGUAAAGAAAUAAUCACAGAACCUAAACCGAGUGUGGCCUUAGAAGAAGCAAAUGUAAGAAACAUACCUAUUAAGGUAGUGACAUCUGACGGAGAUGCAACUAAAACAAAAUAUCGUAAAAAGGAAGGAAAUAUUUCAUCAGAUGACCAUCAUAAAGAAGAGAAUGAACCUGCUGCGGAACGUAAUGAAAGUACGCCGGAAACUCCUGGUAGAGCGGGUGAUAGUAAAAUUAUUGAUAUCAGUGAUGGGAGUGGUGAAACGCUUAUAAUAGAUGGAAUGGAUGACGCGCAACUAGAUAAACUUGUUGAAAUAAUUAGUAUGGAAAGAAAAAACACAAAAAAGGAACAAUCGACAGAGAGAAAACAAUACCGCGACGAUACAACAUCAAGGAACCUCACAAAACUGGAUGGACCAAACGUACGAAAUGUGACUACGGUAAUGAAAGUAAAUAUAAAACGUAUACCGCAAUCUACAACCACGAUGCUUCCAUACUUCCAAAUGAUUGAUGAUCUGAAUGAGGGGUAUAUGGUGGUGUUUUUAAUCGAACUGAUGAGGAUCAUGGCUUAUAAAGACAAAGAUGAUCUAUUUGAAGUUCUCGUUCAUACUGAACAGAUAGUGUUGCAACUCUAUCAAGCUGGAAAACUUAUCUGGCUCGGUCAGCCUCUCUUAGAUAUCACAAAGAAAUUGGCAAAAUUCGUCGCAGAAGCUGAAACGAAAGUUCUACAAAAAUACGCUUUGGAACUAAAAAGGAAGUUAAGUGGGCGUCAGCAAGAGCUAUCUUCUGAAGUAAAUACCAUCAUAGACUAUGCCGAUAUGUUGUAUGACGAUGAAGAAGGCAGGAAGCUCUUCAGUGUGCUCAAAGAUUUUGAGGAAUAUCCUAACACUACACAGCGGGGCUAUACAGUAUGUUUAGCAUUGAUAGAAAACUUCCUUAAGCCAUAUCACCGACUCAGUAAUACAGAGCUACGCCGACAAUUGCUAGACUCUAUUAACUUGGAGCUAAGAGCUAGAAUUCCUGUGGCAGACCGAGAGGGGAAUGCGUUGAAAUUUCUAGGCAUUAGCGAAGAAAUGCAACAAAGGCCGUCAGUGGAAUCAGACAGCGGUACAGUCUUGUUUUCAAGGAAAAUACAAAAUAAAUUGAGACAGAAACUACAAAAGCUGAAGUCGAAACCAAAGCAUACAUCAAACAAGAGGAAAAAAACAAUAACCCAGCCAGAUUACAGCAACGAAAAUUUGUUUUGA